CCUACGAGCACUACCUGCCCGUGUGGCGCUCCGGGCAGGCGGGGGGGCCCGAGCAGGUGGUGGAGGCGCACCGCUGGGCGCUGGAGCAUGAUGAAGAGGCUGAGCGCAUGGCGGCCGCGGGUCAGCAGGUGGCCCUGCGCUACCUGGGCAAGCGGGCCAGGUCCUGCUACUGGCUGAGGCUGUUCCAGGCUUACGCGGCAUUGCAGCGGUUCACUCCCGACGUACGACAACGCCCCGGGGCGGUUACCGUUGAGGAGUACUUGGAAACGGUUGGUCGUACGUUUGAGCGCGGGAAGCACCUGCACAAGAUCGAGUACUGAGCGGCGGGGCAGCGCGAGAGGUGUCUCCUUCUGAGGGGAUCCGUGUCACGGCAUGAAGCGAGG